AUGCUACAGACACUGGGGCCAGACGGAGAAGACGGAGAAGUCUGUGGCUCACAUGUGGCCCGACUCCUUACCAAGCUUCCGAUGGAGAUGAGAGCUAACUUCCGACGUCAGAUGUUCCAUCGUCCUGGACAUACUCAUACACUGCUUGACCUGGCAGAAUGGCUUCGAUACGAGUCGUGGUGUCAAGGAUAUGACAACCCAUCUGACCUCCGCACCCCAGGGCUGUCUGGCUACCGAGCCGAGAAGCGACGCAGCAAGCCCGUAGCUACGAUCCUACAUGGGGCUGAGAGCCAUACGUCGAACCAAGCAACUAGACAAGAAGGUCAGAGUUCAUCCGCGCUGAGAUGGAAAGGCAAAGUGAAACCCUACUGUCCGUAUUGCGAGGGUACAGAGCACUUCCUCAAUAAGUGUCCGGCUAUUCAGAGACUCACCCAAGAGGAGGUCAUAGAGUGGAUCAAAGUCAACAAGAGAUGCUGGAGAUGCGGGAGAGCACAUCAAGCAGCGCAAUGUGACCUCAAGAGGCUCUGUGAUGUGUGCCAAGGAAAGCAUCUAAGGGUACUGCAUGAUGUCAACGCACGCCCCAAGGCUGAGCACCCGAAAGCUGAAAGCUGUCUUGUAAGCACCAGUACGGAAGUUCUGUACCUAGACAGACCAUCGUCCCAUGCCCGGGUUCUGUUGAAAGUCGUCAGAGUUCUCCUGCGCAACAGAGACCGGACACUAGACACUUAUGCGAUUUUGGACGAUGGAUCGGAGCGGACAAUGCUCCUCCCUGAGGCAGUUGACAAACUGGGCCUGCAUAAGAAGCCUGAAGAUCUCGCUCUCCGCACAAUUCGACAGGAAGUUCAAACCCUGAAGGGAGCCGCUGUUUCAUUCAAAAUCUCAUCCCCAACUAAUCCCAAGAGAACUUUCCAGAUAGUGGAGGCCUUCACUUCACAACGCUUGGGUCUAGCAGACCACUCCUACCCCAUCGCCAGUCUGAAGAGGAGGUACAAGCACCUGGCAGACCUCCCCCUUGAGCCAUUUGAACACGUCAAGCCGCUCGUGCUGAUCGGUGCAGACUACCCCCAUCUACUUACCCCUGUCGAGCCGGUGAGACUGGGCCCUCCUGGAGGUCCGGCGGCCAUUCGCACGAGGCUGGGAUGGAUGCUCCAAGGACCUGCACACCUUACCCAGUGGGCUCCGAGUGCCCAGCAGUGUCUCCUCACUAGUAUCUCACCCCAGAUGACGGAGCUGAUGCAGAACGUCGAGAAACUCUGGAAGAUGGACAUACUGCCAUACCAGACCGACAAGUCGGUUAUGAGAUCGAAGCAGGAUAAGGAAGCGCUGGAGCACUUGGAGGCCAGGACGAGGCGAGUACAGGUCGCAGGUAUCCUUAGAUAUGCCACGCCCCUGCUAAGGAAGCAAGGCGUUCCCCCACUCAGAGCUCCCAAGGAAGCCGUCCUACCCUGCCUCAGAGGUCUGGAGAGACGAUUGGCCCGGGACCCCCUACGAGCUGAUGAGUACUCCGCAGCGAUUCGCAAGUUAGUGGAGACUGGAGCAGUCAAGAAGAUUGACCCAGGGGAAGCCUUGACCUCAGAUGAGUCGUGGUACAUACCACACCACUUGGUGAGCCAUAAUGGGAAGAGUCGUUUGGUCUUCAACUGCUCCUUUCAAUUCCAAGGUCGAAGCCUCAAUGACACCCUCCUUCCUGGACCAACAUUGGGAGCCUCUCUGCUGGGAGUUUUACUGCGCUUCAGGGAACAUGCGGUGGCAGUUUGUGGUGACAUCAGAGGAAUGUUCCACCAAGUCCAGCUCUUACCUGAAGACCGGCCUCUUCUCAGGUUCAUUUGGAGGGACAUGAAACGUGAGAACCCCGCUGAUGUCUUUGCGUGGCAGGUCUUACCAUUUGGCACUGCGUGUUCACCAUGUUGCGCCACCUUCGCUCUCCAAAUGCAUGCAAGAGAUCACGGAGGUCCUGAAGAGGGAGUCAGGCAUUCAGUGGGGCGCUGUUUUUACGUGGAUAAUUGUCUGCAGAGUGUGCAUACCUCAGAAGAAGCCAAGGAAUUGGUGGACCGGCUUAGGGAAGUGCUAGCAUCUGGAGGGUUUGAGAUUCGCCAGUGGGCUUGCAAUAUACCUGACGUUCUCAGGCACCUACCUGCAGAAGCAAGAUCUGAUAGCAUGGAACGAUGGCUUUCACAGGAAGAACCAGGCCUGUUGGAACCGGCCCUUGGCCUCAGCUGGCACUGGCAGACAGAUACCUUGGGCUACAAGAGCCGACCUUUGGAGUAUGGAGCACUCACGAUGAGGAAUGUUUACAAGGUGCUAGCCCGACAAUAUGAUCCCCUGGGAUUUAUCGCACCCUACACAACUCGCGCCAAACUGAUUGUCCAGAGCAUGUGGGACAAGCCGCGUGACUGGGAUGACCCACUCAUCCCUCACGAUCUGCGAAAGGCAUGGGAGGAGUGGGAAUCGGAGUUGCACCUGCUGCCACGUAUAUCAUUACCCCGACCUUAUGCACCACCUCAUACCGACCAGAUGGUUACCUCCAGACAGGUCCACGUGUUUAGUGAUGCCUCUGAAAAGGCCUAUGGAUCCGUCUCUUACCUGAGAACAGAAGAUGCCCAGGGUCGAGUAUACCUGGCAUUCAUGGCGGCUAGAUCCAGGGUAGCGCCCCGUCGACAGCAUUCCAUACCCCGCCUUGAGCUCUGUGGUGCCCUGACGGCUGCCCAAUUAGCAAAGACAAUAGAGAGAGAAUUGACAGUGAAGACAGAUCAGACAAUCCUUUGGAGUGACUCUACAACAGUGUUGACCUGGUUGCAGUCAGAGUCAUGCCGCUUUAAAGUCUUCGUGGGUACUCGUGUAGCCGAGAUCCAAGAGCUUACGGGAGGAUGUACCUGGCGCUACGUUGACUCCACACAGAACCCGGCAGAUGAUGUGACAAGAGGGAAGACCUUGGCAGAGUUGGCCGAGCCGAACCGUUGGAGCCAAGGGCCUUCCUUCCUCCUCAAGGGACCUGCUGAAUGGCCAUCCUUACCUGGAGAGGUAACAGAACAGGAUGUCACUGAGUACAAGAAGUCAGUUUCGUGCGGAGUGGUAUCGAGAGCAGACCUACCAGAGACACAUUUGAGCCAGUCAUACCUUUGUUGGAGGGCCAUGGUCGAGGCCGUAGCGCAGGAGUGGCAUGGGGCGGCAGAUCGAGAUAAGGCCCUGACAGCAGCAGACUAUCGGCAGGCAGAGAUGACGAUCUUCCAGAGAGUCCAGGCUGAAUGCUUCCCAGAGGAGUUACGGCACCUUAAGGCAGGGAAAGCAGUACUCCGAAGUAGUCGUCUCCUUACCCUGUCCCCUGAACUGGACCCCGGCGAGGGAAUCAUACGGGUUGGGGGGAGACUUCGGCACGCUGAAUGGUUAGACGCAACGUUCAAGCACCCUAUUGUUCUAGACCCCUUGCAUCCAGCGACGAAACUCCUUAUCCAGGACUAUGAUGCUCGUCUCUGUCACCCAGGCCCUGAGCGAGUAUUCGCAGAGAUGCGUCGGGCCUUCUGGAUUCUUCGGGGAAGAGAAGCCAUUCGGAGAGUGCAACACCAGUGCAAAGAGUGCCGAAGAUGGAAAUCUAAGCCGUUGAUCCCGAAGAUGGCUGACUUACCUGUGGCCCGUCUGCGCUUAUACAAGCCGCCGUUUUACUCAACGGGUGUCGACUGCUUCGGACCGUUUCAGGUCAAGAUAGGACGACGCUCAGAGAAGAGAUGGGGCAUCAUUUAUAAGUGCCUUACCACCCGGGCGGUGCAUCUAGACCUCAUGCACAAUAUCGACGUGGACUCCUUCCUGAUGAGUCUCAGGCGGUUCAUCGCUCGCAGAAGGACCCCAACUGAGCUCUACUCAGACCAGGGUACGAACUUUAAAGCAGGGGAGAAGGAGCUCCGUGAGUCUUUUAACAACAUGUCCUCCGAUCUCCAACGCCUUCUUGCAAAGCAGAAGAUAGACUUCCGCUUCAACCCCCCUGCAGCUCCUCACUUCGGGGGCACCUGGGAGAGGGAGAUCAAGUCUGUCAAGACUGCACUGUAUACCGUCAUAGGAGUUCAACCGGUCUCCGAGGAGGUUUUGCAUACAGUCUUACUAGAGGUCGAGGCUAUACUGAAUGCUAAACCUCUCGGUUAUACUUCGUCCAGUGUUGCAGACUUGGAUGCAGUGACACCAAAUGUUCUCUUGAUGGGGCGGCUGGAUGGAGCACUACCUCCAGUUGUCUACCCUAAGUGUAAGGGACUAAGCAAGCGGAGAUGGCGACACUGCCAAGUCAUUGCUGAUCACUUCUGGGCAAGAUUUAUCAGGUGUUACCUUCCAACUCUACAAUGCAGACAAAAGUGGCAUGGUACCCCAGCUGAUCUGUCAGUGGAUUCAGUAGUGCUGGUGAUAGACCCGCAGUUUCCCCGGGCGCUCUGGCCAGUUGGUAGGGUGAUCAGAGUGCGUCAGAGUGCAGAUGGUCAUGUGAGAUCUGCGGACAUCCAAGUCAAGGACAAAGUUUACACCCGGCCAGUUGCCCGACUUAUCACUCUUCCAAUGAUUUCAGAUUCAGAGGAGAAUGAGAAAGGCCCUCCAGUGACUGAGGUGUGAGGCUUUUACAAGUGCAAAUUGCAUGCAAUUUGGGGGCGGCUGUGCAAAAGGCCAUUGAGAGAAUUAGGAGCACUGUAGCAACGACCAGAACAGGGACUUUUAUUAUGAAAGUACGACGCACACGGGAGAUCGGAAGUGAAGCAACUCGGCACGGAGCGAUCGCAUAUUGCAUCAGCUGCAGCAGAUAUCAGUUCGUCAGUGGCACGGGUACUGGGGAAGAGAAAUAGCAUUGAUUACAGCCACAGAUCGAGUGUAUAUUGUGCUUUGUGCGUCUUAUAAGAAUCAAACCACACCAAAUACCAGCACAAUUCAUGUGUUACACUCCCAUCUGAAGACACAGCACAAACUCAUCUAAAGUCAGGACAUUACUCAGUAUCUGCGAGGUACAUGUGCCUCUCAUGCCCUGCAUCUCUAUCAGUCACUGUUUAAUUGCUCACCACCACUCCUAAGGGCUUCAAACUGACUGUUCCUUU